CCGGCAAUAAUGCAAAAAAAUGCAAUAGAAAUGUCCGCGUGUGUUAAUGUGUGUGUGUAAAUGUCGCGGAUAUGUUGUCGCUGGGAGACCGCGAGAAGUGCCGUCGCCGUCGUCGCGCCCCCGUUCCCCCGUCGUCGUCCCAUGCUCCAGUCACAGUCACAGUCCCAGCCCCUGCCCACUGCUGCUGCCCGCCGGCGUCUACACCCCACCGCUGCCCUGCUGCUGCCCCACGCCGUGGCUUCUGGUCCGCGCCAGGAAAUGAAUAAUCAUAUAAAGAUUAUAAUAAUAUAACCUUUGCAUUGGAAACAACAACAAACAUACACACGCAUGUAGUUCGGGGAGAUGAUCAAGAUCUGUUUGUAGGCAAAAGUGUUAUCAGCAGGGGGCGGCAGGCAGCCAGCCAGGCAACAAAAAACACUAAGCAAAAGAGCAGCAAAAAAGAGAAAUAGUAGUAGAAACGGUAAAAAUGCGUGUGGCCUAAGAGAGACUUGUUAUUGUUGUUGUUGCCGCACUUGAACCGUAAGACACCUCCACACGCUCUCUCUGUCACUCUCUCUCUCCCACUCACUGGUGCACACGAGAAACAACGGUAGACCAUUCCCCUUCACAAAAAAAUAAUCAAAUCUAAAGCAAAAACGUGACUAGCGGUUAACCAAAUAUAAAAAGGGGGAGAAUGCAGGCCAAAAAGCGUUAUAUUCUCGUGUUCGUCAGCUGCGCCUUCCUGGCCUACGCCUACUUCGGUGGCUAUCGGCUGAAAGUGUCGCCGCUGCGGCCACGUCGCGCCCAGCACGAAUCGGCCAAGGAUGGGGGCGUGCAACCGCCCUACGAGCAGCUGCCCAGCUUCCUGGACCAGGCGGAUCCUCUGGGGCCACUGGGCCAUCUCAACGGAUCUGCUGGGGCACUGGGCGCCCUGGGACACAACGACUCGCGGCGCAGUCGAGGAUCGGAGUGCCGGAUGGAGACCUGCUUCGACUUUACCCGCUGCUACGAACAGUUCCUGGUGUACGUCUACCCGCCGGAGCCGUUGAAUUCGCUGGGCGCUGCCCCGCCCACGUCGGCCAACUACCAGAAGAUACUCACUGCCAUACAGGAGUCGCGCUACCACACCAGCGAUCCCUCGGCCGCCUGCCUCUUUGUGCUCGGCAUGGACACCCUGGACAGGGACUCCCUCUCCGAGGACUAUGUGCGCAAUGUCCCGUCCCGGUUGGCCCGCCUGCCGCACUGGAACAACGGCCGGAAUCACAUCAUCUUCAAUCUGUAUUCGGGCACCUGGCCGGACUAUGCGGAAAAUUCGCUCGGCUUCGAUGCGGGCCACGCCAUUCUGGCCAAGGCCAGCAUGAGCGUCCUCCAGGUGCGACACGGCUUCGAUGUCAGCAUUCCGCUCUUCCACAAGCAGUUCCCCCUGAGGGCCGGCGCCACCGGCUCAGUGCAGUCCAACAAUUUUCCGGCCAACAAGAAGUACCUGUUGGCCUUCAAGGGCAAGCGCUAUGUGCAUGGCAUUGGCUCGGAGACCCGCAACUCGCUGUUCCAUUUGCACAACGGACGAGACAUGGUCCUGGUCACCACCUGUCGCCACGGCAAGAGCUGGCGAGAGCUGCAGGACAAUCGCUGUGACGAGGACAAUCGCGAGUAUGACAGAUACGACUACGAGACUCUGCUGCAAAAUUCCACGUUCUGCCUGGUGCCGCGCGGCCGUCGUUUGGGCUCCUUUCGAUUUCUGGAGGCCCUGCAGGCGGGCUGCAUCCCCGUGCUAUUGUCCAACGCCUGGGUGUUGCCUUUUGAAUCGAAAAUCGAUUGGAAACAGGCCGCCAUUUGGGCCGAUGAGCGGCUCCUGCUGCAGGUACCCGAUAUCGUGCGCUCCAUAUCAGCGGAAAGGAUCUUUGCCCUGCGCCAACAAACCCAAGUCCUGUGGGAACGCUACUUUGGUUCCAUCGAGAAAAUCGUCUUCACAACCUUCGAGAUCAUUCGCGAACGCCUGCCGGACUACCCGGUGCGCAGCAGCCUGGUGUGGAACAGCUCCCCCGGCGCCCUGCUCACGCUGCCCACCUUCGCCGACAGUUCCAGAUUCAUGCCUUUCAUGCUCAAUUCGAUGGGAGCGGAGCCGCGGCACAACUACACGGCCGUCAUUUAUGUGCAAAUUGGAGCCGCCAUGGGUCCCAAUGCGGCGCUCUACAAGCUGGUCAAGACCAUCACCAAGAGCCAGUUUGUGGAUCGUAUCCUUGUACUGUGGGCGGCCGAGCGACCGUUGCCGUUGAAGAAACGUUGGCCCCCCACCUACCACAUACCCCUGCAUGUGGUGGCCCUGGGGGGCAACACUCGUAUCGGGGCUGGGGCCGGGCCGACGGGCCAAACGACUGAGGAACGACCGAGCAUAUCACAACGCUUUGUGCCCUACGAUGAGAUACAGACGGACGCUGUGCUGUCGCUGGACGAGGACGCCAUACUCAAUACGGAUGAACUGGACUUUGCCUACACCGUGUGGCGGGACUUUCCCGAGCGCAUUGUGGGCUAUCCGGCGAGGGCCCACUUCUGGGAUGACUCCAAGAACGCUUGGGGCUACACGUCCAAGUGGACGAACUACUACUCGAUUGUGCUGACGGGGGCGGCCUUCUACCACCGCUACUACAACUACUUGUACACGAACUGGCUGUCGUUGCUGCUACUAAAGACUGUACAGCAGUCCUCCAACUGCGAGGAUAUCCUAAUGAACCUGCUGGUCUCGCAUGUGACCAGAAAACCGCCGAUUAAAGUGACGCAGCGCAAGGGCUACAAGGAUCGGGAGACGGGCCGCUCCCCCUGGAACGAUCCGGAUCAUUUCAUACAGCGCCAGAGCUGUCUGAACACCUUUGCAGCGGUCUUUGGCUAUAUGCCGCUGAUACGUUCCAAUUUGCGUAUGGAUCCCAUGCUGUACCGUGAUCCAGUUUCCAAUUUGCGCAAAAAAUAUCGUCAGAUUGAGUUGGUUGGCAGCUAG